GCCUGGUUGCGCGGCGGCAAAACCUGCAGCCGCUGCAGCAGCCCUGCGCCACCGGGAGGGUGCCAUCACUUUGGGGCCUCGGCGUGGGGUGGGUCGGCACGGCAGCCCCUCCCCAGCCGCUUAAAGAGACCUCUCCCCCACCUCCCUCCCCGCGAAUUGGCUGUGGUGCCUUUAAAGGAAGGGGGGCGGCGGUGCGAGUAGCAGCAGCAGCAGCGGUGGAGCAGUUCCUCCAGCGGUUGAACGGGAGCCUCUGUCAGGCCGGGGAUCGAGACGCAGCUUCUCCGCUGGAGACGGCGCGCAAGCGGCAAGGAGAAGCCAACGGGGAGGCGCUGCGCUCGACGGCAUUAAGAGGCGAUGGCGACCGACCCGCCGCCGCCGCCGCGCCCAGUUGGAUUGCACCAGUUUAGCUCCCAGUGGCUGAUGGAAGGCAUCGACUCAGUGGAAAGCUCUGAUGAUGAAUUCUUCGAUGCGCGAGAGGAGGUGGCCGAAGGGAAGAAUGCCAUCCUUCUGGGGAUGAGUCAGUGGAAUUCCAAUGACUUGGUGGAGCAGAUCGAGACAAUUGGAAAGCUGGAUGAAAAUCAAGGUGAAGACCCCACUUUUUGCUCAUCUGGUGUUCUACAUGAAAAACAACGGGAGUUGUACAGAGCCUCUCUGAGGAAACAUCGCUAUCCUGCACAGGGUAGCAUUGAAAUCCAUGAGGACACUGAGGAAGGAAGUCAGUUGCGCAACUGCAGAACACAUGUCCUGAUUCUUGUCCUUCAUGGGGGCAACAUCCUAGAUACAGGAGCAGGGGAUCCCAGCAGCAAGAUGGCUGAUGUCAACACCUUCACCUCUGUAUUUGAGAAAGUGACCCAGGCUCACUUCCCUUCCUCACUCGGCCAUAUUGUAAUCAGACUUGUUCCUUGUCCAGCCGUCUGCUCUGAAGCCUUCUCCCUCAUGGCAAACCUGAAUCCUUACAGUUAUGAUGAGACAUCUCUAAGUAGCAGUGAAGAUCACAUCCCGCUGGCCGCCUUGCCCUUGUUGGCGAUCUCUUCUCCUCAGUACCAGAAUGCAGUUGCCAUGGUGAUCAGCAGAGCCAACCAAGUUUAUAAUGAAUUUCUUGGAUCUCCUGAUGGGGCAGGCUUUAAUGGGCAGGUGUGCCUUGUGGGGGACUGUGUAGGAGGAAUGUUGGGCUUUGAUGCCAUUUGCUAUAGCACGGGACUAGCAGAUGAAAGCCAAGUCAGCAGCAGAAGAGGCAGCACCAGCAGUGUUCAGGAUAAACCUGUUUCAGCUGAAGAUUCAAAUCUAGAAGACCUCAAGCGCCUCAGCAAAAGUAACAUUGAUAUCUCAGGAAUAAUGGAGAAUGAAGAGCCCAGACAACCAUUGCCUCGGAAACAAAGUGACUGCUCCAACUAUGACUGUGAUAGCAUAACAAACCAUCAUGCUUUCCUAUCCAGCAUCCACUCAACGAUGUUGAAUGAAGAUGCAGAGUUUCCCCCAACAAACACUUCAAGCACGUUGGAUGUAAAUUUGGGGCGAUUUGAAUUUGAAGUGUCUGAUUUCUUCCUCUUUGGUUCACCUCUCGGUUUAGUGCUGGCUAUGCGGAGGACAGUCCUGCCCAGUCUGGAAGUCUGCCAAGUACAUCCAGCCUGCAGCCAAGUUUACAGCCUCUUCCACUCAGCUGACCCUUCCGCCUCCAGACUGGAGCCAUUAUUAGAGAAUAAAUUCCACCUUCUGCCUCCCUGUACUGUACCAAGAUACCAGAGAUAUCCCUUGGGAGAUGGAAGAUCCCACCUCUUAGCUGAUACACUCCAAUAUCAUAGCAGCCUGUUUGCUGAAGACAGUUCUGCAAAGUCAUCCGUCAUGCAAGAGACUUUAGCACUUCCCAAUGCUGUACAAGGGAAAAUGCGAAGAGGAAGCCUGGGCAGCAGCAACAGUGAGAACUCUGGGUCAACAGAGAGCUUAGUGUCCAGCAACAUAGCAAACAUAACUUCCAAAUGGUGGGGAGCCAAGCGAAUAGAUUAUGUUUUGUAUUGUCCGGAUGUCCUCACAGCCUUUCCUACAGUGGCUUUGCCACAUCUCUUCCAUGCCAGCUACUGGGAGUCAACAGAUGUGGUUGCUUUCAUUCUGAGACAGGUGAUGAGAUUUGAAACCAUCAAUGUCAAGGAAAGCAACAGUUUGGAUCCAGUGACUCUCAGCCCUUCAAAUCCUCGAGAGAAAUGGCUGCGCAAAAGAACCCAAGUCAAGCUAAGGAACGUAACUUCAAACCACAGAUCGAAUGAUGUCAUUGUUGCAGAAGAUGGCCCUCAGUUGCUAGUUGGCCGGUUCAUGUAUGGACCACUUGACAUGGUGGCUUUAACAGGAGAAAAGGUUGACAUCUUCAUCGUGACCGAACCUUCCUCUGGACGUUGGGUCUAUUUUGAUACAGAAAUCACCAAUAGUAGUGGUAGAAUCUCAUACAACGUUCCCAAAGACAAAAGACUUGCUGUUGGCGUCUAUCCUAUUAAAAUGGUGGUCAGGGGAGAUCAGAGUAGUGCCAUAAGCUACUUGACUGUCCUUCCUCGAGGAAUGGAGUGUGUCGUCUUCAGCAUUGAUGGGUCCUUUGCCGCCAGCGUCUCCAUCAUGGGCAGUGACCCUAAAGUCCGAGCCGGAGCAGUUGAUGUUGUCAGGCAUUGGCAAGAUCUUGGCUACCUGAUUAUCUAUAUCACAGGACGUCCCGACAUGCAAAAGCAACGUGUUGUCUCCUGGCUGUCUCAGCACAACUUCCCUCAAGGAAUGAUUUUCUUCUCUGAUGGUCUUGUCCACGAUCCUUUAAGGCAGAAAACCAUUUUUCUCCGGAAUCUUGUGCAAGAGUGCCACAUCAAAAUUUGUGCUGCGUAUGGCUCCAUGAAGGACAUUUCUGUGUAUAAUGUCCUGGGUCUUUCCCCCUCCCAGAUUUACAUUGUUGGACGACCGGCGAAGAAAUAUCAGACUCUGUGCCAGUUUAUCAGCGAAGGUUAUGCAGCCCAUUUGGCUUCCCUGGAGUUCAGCCUCCGUUCCCGGCCUAAGAAGAACAACUCCCGCAUGAUCCUAAGGAAAGGCAGCUUUGGUCUUCAUUCACAACCUGAUUUCCUGCGCAAGAGGAAUCACCUCCGGAGAACUAUGUCCGUCCAGCAGCCUGACCCACCAUCCUUGACCCCCAAGCCAGAGCGUGCCCAAAGCCAGCCCGAAUCAGAUAAAGACCAUGACCGGCAUCUGCCCUCCAUAGUGUGGAUGAGAGGGGGGGUUCAUAAGUUUGAGUCUGUCCCAUAGCAAGAGCUGGGGUUGCACCACCAGGCCUCUGGCAUCCUGCAAAGAGCUUGUAGGCAUUUGCUCUUUGAGUUGCACUUGGCAACUUCAUGGUUCAAAGUGAUGGAGAGGAUUGGAAUUCACAAAGCUCUGGCAGCUUCUGUCUCCCCAGGGGAACUUUCUGUUCGUUCCUCUUGUUUGUAUCCACUCAUGAAACAUUGAAAGUAGAGAAAACGAUUUGUACCAGCCGCAGUCUCUUGCGGGGGUGACACUGGACAGGAAAAUGAGCUUGUGUCUUAAUGUUUACUUCGUAACAAAAGUGUGCAAUAAAGCAGAGCGGAGAAGCUCCAGCUUAUCUCAGUGAGAAAGGGCCUCACUGACAGCAACCACGUCUGCUUCUGGAAAAGGCAGCCUUCUGAUGUGGCAGCAGCAACAUCUGCAGUUCUUGGGGCAAAUAAGAAUCAAAGGGAGGAGCCCAUAGCUGUGCACUGGGGGAUCUCUUGGGUGCCUUAAGCCCAAUAUCUUUUCAUCCAGACAGCUCUAUCACUGGCUCAUCACCAGAGUUAGGUCUCAAUUUUACUUAUUUAUCAGAGACUUCAAUAGAGGCAACACAUGAACGUGGAAACCAGUGGUGAAAAAAUUGAACCCUGGAUUCAAUGUAGGCCUACUGUUUUUUAGAUGUGGCACCCAUCUUCUGUGGCCACACAAUAGCAUUUUUUGCUAUUUUUGCAGAAAACUAUAACGUCUAAAGAAACUAAAGGGAUUGUCUGCAUCCUUCUGCCACCAUAAUCCCACUGAAACUCCUUCAUUCCUGCUACUCACAGUGUCCUAUUUGUUGAACACACUGAUGAGCUUCAGGAGAAAUUUUCUGUGCCAUAUUUCCAAUGCUUUUAAGAGAUCCGUCUGUUGCCAUUUCUGAAUAAAAUAUGUAUCCCAAAUACUCAGUGAUACGGUAUCGGUUUUCCAUAUGAAAGGGUCCCAUGACAAAACCUGAUAUCUCCAGUUAGGGCUGGUAAAUCCUAGUCGAUUUAAAUAUAAAACGAGUUAAUAAACUAGUGAACUUAUUCAAAAUAAAGGAGUUUAUUUUGUUUCUAUAAGGUAAAUAUGUAUGCAUAGCAUACAUGCUUUUCAGGAGUCUCUCACCUUUUUCCCCACUAUCAGAUGCAGUGUAACUCUAGAAAAUACAGAGUAAAUGAAACUUCCAUGCAACACUUGAGAAAGAGACUCUGUUCUGAGCCCGAUCCACCUGACCUCGGUAGAAGUUGAGUAACCCCAGUUAAGCAUUACCCCAUCAUAAGAAUGAGCCACGGUGGUACAGUGGUUAGAGUGCAGUACUGCAGGCUACUUCUGCUGACUGCCGGCUGCCUGCAGUUUUGCAGUUCAAAUCUCACCAGGCUCAAGGUUGACUCAGCCUUCCAUCCUUCCGAGGUGGGUAAAAUGAGGACCCAGAUUGUUGGGGGCAAUAUGCUGACUCUACAAACUGCUUAGAGAGGGCUGUAAAGCACUGUAAAGCGGUAUAUAAGUCUAAGUGCUAUUGUUAUUGCUAUCACAAGAAAGAACAAUGGAAGAACGGCAUAGGGAAUGAGUCAGGAGAUAGCAAAUCAUAUUGUACUACUAAAUAUUGGAGUAGGGUACAAUAGCCCAUAUUUUAUAGCAGAAAUAAUAGGCAAAACAUGCCUGUCAUCAGUUCUUAGGAUUGACCAAACAAGAUAACAGCACUCAAGAAUCUUACCCGUGAAUAAUUGAGCUUUUUUCUUUAUGUGAAGUAUAUCAAAGAUGGAUAUUAGAAAGCAAAUGGUGCCUACAAUAAUGAAAGGAGAAUGAAAUAUGGCAAAUUCCUUCAUGGCUUAAUUGCUGUACAAUCCUGAGAUUAACUAUUUCCUUGCCUUUAAUUUCCUUGCCUUUAAUAAUUCUGCUUCUGAUAAUACAACAGUAUACCUUUCCUAAGCUGCAACAACAAAAUUUACUCAGAGAGUUAAUCAAGGGCUUUGUAAAAAAAAAUUAGCUGUCAGUGUCUCGUAGCUAAUGCAAUCUUGAUUUUUCCUGUGUCUUUAAAAUCUUUUCUCCCUAUGGGCAUCUGCACCGGCUGCAUUAUUCUCCUUUCAUAAUGAUUUUUGUGGAAACUGCUCUUCAGAGAUUUUGGAUCACUCUUGAAUCUACAUCUGUUUGGCAGCUGAAGACUGCUUGUUCCAUCUCUGCCUGAUAACCAUUUUUUCUUCUUUGUCUUCUGUAGUCUUAGACUCCAACAGCACUAACUUUUUACCAGCCUCUUAACCCACUUUGGCUUCUUUUCCCUAUGGGACACUAUAUUUUCAAACUAUCUGUUUUCCCCAAUUCUUCUCAGUCUCGGGUUGUCUGCUUGAAGUAAAGGUGGAGUCUCCAAGUAAUUAUAUGACAGGAUGGGUUGAUUCUGAGCAUCAGACCCAUUUGAUAACAUCUCUUGCUUCCUCCGAUGUUCAAAUCAUCUCCUCCUUAUUCUGCCACAGUUAUACAUUAGUUUCCCAAGAGAAUAUCCAUAAAUCUGAAGCUGCUUUCUGAUUGAGGGUACUAUUUAACCUUCAUGAUUUUGACAACAUGGGAGCACAACUCUUAUUAUUUCCAGCCAAGUGUGCAACACAUUGGUCCAUUUAUCUAUCACAUGCUGUCACAAAGAUGACAAAAGAAAAGAAGCAGGAAAUGCAAUCAAAACACCAACCCGCCAAGUUGUUGAUCUUGAUUGAUUGGUUGAUUUUUGAGUACAGAAAGGGCAGGUUGUUCUCUCUUUUGGCUCUCUUAUCUCACCACACCACUCAAAAGCUUUGAAUAGCUUAAUGUGGCAUUCCUUUGUUUUAUCUCUUGUUCUCCUUCAUAUAAAGAAUGCCUCUUUAAUCAUUCUUUUUAUUGGCCUUUUUCUGGUUCUUGCAAUAGGUAGGAAUAGCAUAUAGACUAGAAUUGUUAAACUGCUCAAGUUCAUACAGUGCAUGGUUUUGAUUGAUUAUACUGCAUAUCCUCAAAUUGGUAGGUAAGGCUAAAAUGGGUAAUUGGUGAAUCAGGCCUUUGUGAGAAUCCAGCCAUUAGUUGAACAAGUGGUGAGAAUUUGACCAUGAUGUUAACAUGGUUUCUUUCUUUAGAUAUAAUAAUGUCUCAAGGUAGUGUUUUUGAAAGCUGCAUUUAGUGUUUUUAGUGAACCCAGUCAAUAAUAAGCAUCCCUUACACCAAGAUUCAAUCAGAUAGCAUGGGUUUAAAAACCAAAUUAGAUGUAACCUAGCAAGUAAAUUUGCUAUUUUUAAAAAAGAGAUAGACAUAGGCCAUCUUUUCCAAGCAAUUGAGGAUUGAAGCAAGUUAAGGCUGAAGAAGAAUUCCCAAUCAUAUUUUGCAACAGUGCAUUAUGGGUGACUACCUGGAGAAAAAUAGAGAGUCCCCAGGGUGUUGUAGCAGAGUCCUUCGUACCAGGUAAUUCAGAGUUGAACACAUCAACUUUAGCUCAUGAUUAUAGUAAGGGACUAUAUCCCCCAAACUGUAUUCUUGAAUGCGUUGCAGUCCUCCAUGCUUGUAGGAAGGGGACAGAAUAAUUGCAUCUCGAUGUGUGGCAAAUCCAUAAAGUGUGCAAACAGGUUUGUAAAUUAAUUUAAAUAUAACAUGUUACAAGAAAUGGUUUUGUAAGGUCAGAUCUACUGUAUUGGCACCUGAGAGAUUUUAGCAAAACAAAUUCGUUGGCCCUGGGAUUAUCUUCUGGUAUUCUUCAAGUACUGUUUAUUUAAAAAUACAUUCCCCUCUUAUUCAUCUCGGACCUCCACAUUUAAUAAUGCUUCUCCUUCCACUGACUUAAUUAUUGCCUCAGUAGGUACUUACAGGCUAUUUAUGUGACUCAACAUAAGCUUUGCUAUCCAAAAGUGGGACAAACAAGAAUGUUCAGACAUGACAAUUUCGGAAUCUCUACCAAAGGGUUCCCUGUAGUCUCAUUUUAGGCCUGAAGCUUUAAGAUAUGGAAACACUGGCACUAAAACGAAUAAUGUAUUGUGUUGGCUGACAUUUUCCAUUCCCAUGUGGGCUGCACCCACAUCCUGUUACUUUUCGCUGUAGUUUUACAGGAGAGUACGGUGUUUUUCUGAUGCUUUGGAAUUCACCUGGAAAAAAACAAAGACUGGAACAAGCAACUAGACAAGAGAUAUGAAAGGUUGCUUAAACAAGGUUGUGUUCUGUUUUGUUGGAAGCAAAAAGUAUCAAGUGCAUUCAGAUGGGGAAUUUGUAGGAAAACUGAAGACCUGGAUAAUUCUAAAACAUUACAGUAAAGAAGAAGGAACACUUGUGAACUAUCUUGGAAUAGCAGUCUUAGUAUUGGGAUAAAUGGAUGUUUGAACCUACGUGUUAGGACUGAUCCUAACUUGGAUUGAUCACUUUGUGGGUCUUGGAUUCAAUCUUUGAGGAACAAUCUGUUGGAUUCCCCAAAGUUACUUCCAUCUACCAGUGUGUCUCUUUCUGAAGAUAAAUAGAAAAGAGUAUCCAGUUAACCAACACAUCAUCUUCUUUCUCCCCAUCCAGGACUGGGACAACCUUAAUGUUCUUAAAUGCCUUGUUAACAGUUCCCUUUAUGCUGCUCCCUCAUAUUUAAGAACUUGUUCUUUAAAAAAAAAGCCAGUGAAUAACAAUGGUGGCUUGUUAAAAUGUGUGUUGUUACGAGACGACAUGUAUAUGGUUGUGCUGUGUGUGCGCAUACACGUGUGUACAGUGUUUCACAUCAGUGCCAUUGCUAACUUUGCGUAGCAGAAGCUAACUUUUAUAUUACAUGUUUUGUUCAAGGUUUGGCUGUUCUGUUGUGGCAUUGUGAAAAGAACUUAGACUCCGUUCCAGGUAUGAAUAGCACUGUUGAUCCAAAUCUGAGCUUUCACAUUUAAGUAGCACUAAAGGAAAUGUUGGGCUGGCAGCUUCUGCUGCUUGAUCCAAAUAUUUCUGUGGUGUGUCUUUUUUCUGAAGUAGCCUUUGAGUCCUCUUGAAUGUUCAAAGCUAAGAGGUUUCUUCUCAUUCAUUGGCAUUUACAGAUCAACAACUCCUAUUUUUAUGACUCAUUGGGUGGAAAAUCACAUCAUUCACCACAUCAUUUGAAUGCAGCAUCUUCUGUGUUGCACCAAGGUGGUGAGGGAGGGAGGGCAAAGAAGAAUGGAAAAUGAUAUUCAAAUGGAGCUAGAUGUGAGUAUUUUUGCCUUUUUUCUACACAAGGCACUUGUGCUUUGCAGUGUCUCCUGUCAAUUGACAGAAGUCCAGAACCAUUAUUGGAAGUGGUGAAUAUCUUCUACAAAGGCAUUCUCUUGCAAAGUAAGACAAAACAGUUUUGUAACAAUAUCAGGUAAGCAAUGCAGGCUGAUUAAGGGUCAUUUGAAGGCUGAAAGUUGAGUUCAUAAAAGCUCCAUGCUGGUAGAGAUUAACUAUUUCACAUUUUUUCUGCUCCCAUCACUUGCACUGGUUAUUAUUUUCUCCUAUAUUUGCCAAUAGAAUGAAUCCUUCAGACAGCAAAAUGCUAGACACACAGUUUCUCCUAUUCCUGUUGUAAAGCUGGAGCACAUUUGGUCCCUACAUUUCUUCAUUACAAACAGGUAGAUUAAUUUCCAAAUUCUAAAGGGUUCUGCAACCUUCCAAAGAACCAAAUUCCCCAGAAAGCAGGAUAAAAACCAUUUGUGCACCAUAUUUGAUAUCAUUUGCUAUUCAAAAUGUUUAAUGCUAAUCUGCAAAAGUAUUUAAUACUUGUAUUGAUUUUUUAAAAUUAUCUUGGAAAGAUGACAUGAAGUUGUUGGCUUAUUAGACUUUAUGUUAAAAGGGCCCAAAUCAAUAUAAUCUGAGGCACUAAUAAUCCUAAAUAUUUUCUUAUUUUCAUUUUUUGAGAUGAAAUUUCCAUUGGCGAGGCCAGGUAUGCCGAUUCAUCUCUAGACAAUUAGAUUUGUACAAAUCUUGGUUUAGUCAGUAGACACAGCUGAGCAAAAGAUACCCCUUUUGAAGUAUGGAGAAAUCAAUGCUUAUUUACAAGUUUCCAUUUUUUCCUGGCCACCUUUCCAAGUCAACAUAUAUUAGGCUGUUUUCUUACAGCCUUGGCAGAUAUUGUGACAUAGUUAUUCUUCCCGGAACUCUGGCUUCCUGCCUUAUCAAUGUCACUCUUUACAUCCAUAAUUGCAAAAUACAAAAUAGCUUUGAUCCUUCUCCAUCGAGGGGUGAAAUGGCAAAAUUAAAAACCUGUUCUUGUUUUCUGGGUUAAUUAUGAAUAUUGAUUUCAGAUCUAGUGAUCAGCUCUUCCAAAUGUGAUUUAAUCAUUGAAUUGGUUCACUGUACUACAAAUAAGCUACUUUCAAGGCGUUUUAGGUUCUCACCCCUGGGACUCCUAGACUAUGCUUUUCUGAAUUGGCCUCAAGAUGUUUUCAAAACUCAAGAUUUUUAUGGCUCUGUGGCUCUUGGAAAACACUUUCGGGUGACAUUUAGAGAUCAAUUGAAUGGUUGAAGGGCAUGAUUGGAAAAACUGAGGUGCUUUGAGAAUUAAACUUUGAAUUGCUAAAUGUAGAAUGAGUAUGAGCAAUACGGAGGAUUGUCAAGUAUGUAAUGAUGGAUAGCCAGCUAAAUCUUUAUGGAACAGUCAGAGAGACAGAGACUAUGGUAAAAAGUAAAUAAUUCUACCCUGCCUCUCAAGGCAGCAUACCAAAUUGGCCUUGUUAUUUCUUGUGUAUUUGAAGUUUUUUUUAAAAAAGAACAGCUUGGAUCUGAAAGCUGCCAUAUAUUUAUAUUUUUAUUUGUACGAUUAUUUUAUUUAUAUAUUAAAUUUGGAGAUUGCCCAUCUCCUUCACAGAAUUGACUUUUUAACACUGAGAUGCCAAAGAAUGUGAGCUUUCAACUGAAAAAUUGUUUGUUACGAGUCUGCAUAUGAGAAUAUGUUUUGAAUUUUGGAUAAAUUCCAGCAGCAGAGAGAGAGGUGGUCAGAAUAUCUUAAUCAUAUAAUCAUUUCCAGUGUACAGCUAAUGAAUUUCUUACAGAGAAGCUUAAAAAGAUGAUUGGGGGAGGGGGGGGAAGUGUUAACAUUUUUUCCAAAUUGUAUUUUAUUUUAUUUUCUGCUGGUUUUUAAAAUCUUCUGGCAUAACGUGACUUAAUGUCAAGUAUCACACUUCCUUCGCCUUUCAGUAUGUAUCUUUUUAAAUUCUUUCUUCGAUGUGAGAGCAUUUUUCUGUUGCUCGGACCCACAAUUUCUGAUUAAUUGUUUUAACAUUCAGUUUGAUGAAAUAAAGCACCAGACCUUCUUGUUUGAGACUAGUGUUUCUUACUGUUUCCACGUGUGCAUCUUUGGUUCGUGCACAAAAAUAGGUGUAUCUAUUCCUACUCUAUACAUUCUACAAAUCCCUGACUGUACACAAGCAGAAGAGGAAAUAAAGCAAUGUAACUUCUAAA